CCAGAUCACCAGCCGGGUGAGAGGGCUCUCUGGGUGGUUGGGUGCCAACAAGAUCUCGGAGCCCUCCAAAAUUGACAGACAAGUAGGUGCCAGGAGCCGCGAUGCCACUGAUUUGACUUUGCUGAGCGUGGAUACUCGGUAGUAUUUGUUCUUACCUACAUGUAGGCCUGGUAGCAGUCAUUCUGUCUUCUACAGGAUAAUAGCGUAUACUAUUCGACCGUCGAGUCCGCUCUCUUCUCUCUCUUCUCUUCUAGAGACUGUGGUAUGUAAGCAGCUCCCUCGUGCAAGCAUGCCAUUCUCCGAAGCAGAGGAAUAGCUAUGGAGAGGGCACAACAUCCGCUUCCCUCGAGUCUGGACGCCUCAAACUUGGGGAGCGAUCAGGGCGAAGAGGAUCGCUCUCAGUGCGAGCUUCAGGUGCUUUUCAGUCUUUCGCUGUUGGCCUCCACCGGGUGCGGCAGAGCUCGAUUAAUGAUCACCCCUUGAGGCUGCGGCGUGCGAGGUGUAUUGAAGGUGCAGUUUCUUGCUUGCACAUGAGCAGUUCAUGUUAUUAUGCUGCCAGAGUGAAGACUGUCUGAAGUGAUGAUCACGGGGGCCGGAGACGGGAGUAGACUACAAUAUGUCCAGCCUGAGGUGCCGGAGCUCGGGCCAGUAGACGCAUCUGUCGUUGUUGUUGCUUUUGGGCUUUUCACAGCUUCGCGUGCAUGCGCAGACUCAACCAUCCAUCCCACUCCGCGUGCAAGUGCAGACACAACCAUCCAUCCCACUCCGCAUCAUCUUCCAACAAGUACAUGAUUCUCUACAUGCUGACUGCGACAACAGAAGCCGCCUCGGUCUGCACAAGGACACAACAGAGCUGCCUUGGCUGGCACAGUGGCGGCGCUCCGCCGUGUCCACUCCACGCAGUCUCCUCGGAACCUUGCACCACCCAUCGACAACGAAUUUCAAAGCGGUGCGCCUGGAAGUGGGAUGUCAGCACUGUGAUCUCGUUUCUACACUGGAGUAUUUAUUGAGCUGGAGCGUUCGGCAUCUGCUGCCGCGGACCGGCAACAGUCUACUGUGCACCACACGGACGCACUACAACCGCCGUCGGGCUUCUGCACAGCGAGAAUGACCGGCGCCAUCAAGGAAAGCAAGUGGCUUCAUCGGCUUGCCUAUGGCAGCUGGUAAAGAACUACACAUGACCAAGAAAUGCAAUGAAAUAACAAGAAUGGACGAUGG